GCCAUUUCCACUUACACAGCGACCUAUGGUUUGCACGUGCUUCCUGUAUAUGUAUGUAUUUGUGUAUAACCUGUUUGGUGAUUUAUGAAUGGUUUUGUUAAUUAAUUAUACCGAAAUGUCAAAAGAAUUUUACUCAAAUAAUGAUGAAAUGGAUGAGGAUAUUGAUGAAACACAAAUAGUUGAAAAUGACAAAACAAAAAUUGAAAUAGAGUUACAAACAGGACUAAUUUUAAUUGAUGGAUUAACAAGUAUUGAAAAUGGUGAACAAAUAUUGAAAAAAGAAAAAAUUCAAAUUGAACAAGAGUUAAAUUUACAAUUAAUUGAUUGCAAUGACGAAGAAAUAUCAAAAGAAUUUUAUUCAAACCAUGAUGAAAUGGAUGAGAAUAUUGAUGAGAUGUUGAAAAAAUCAAAAAUUAAAAUUGAACAAGCUUUACAUUCGGAAUUAAUUAUAAAAGAUGAAGAUUUCGACGAAAUGUUUAACAGAUGUGAAUCAGAAAAUGAUGAAAUGUUAAAAGAAAUUCACACAAAUACACAAGAAGAGCUUUUUUCGUGUGAUGUUUGUAACCAAAAAUUCAACAAAAAAACUAGCUUGAAAAUACAUAGACGAGUUCAUUCUGGAGAGAAACCUUAUUCUUGUAAUAUUUGUAAUAAAACAUUCAGAGAAAAAUGUUAUGUUGCUAAACAUAAGCUAAGACAUACCGGAGAAAAACCUUAUUCUUGUAAUAUUUGUAAUAAAACAUUCAAAGAAAAAGGUAAUCUUGCUGUACAUGAACGAAGACAUACCGGCGAAAAACCCUAUUCAUGUGAAAUUUGUGAUAAAACAUUCGUUGCUGUUGGUGAUCUAUGUAACCAUAAAAAAAUUCAUACAGGAAAAAAGCCGCAUGCAUGUAAUGUUUGUGACCAAAAGUUCAGAACUAGUACCAAAUUAACUUAUCAUAAACGAACUCAUACAGGAGAAAAACCUUAUUCUUGUAAUAUUUGUAAUAAAACAUUCAGAGAUAAAUGUUAUGUUGCUAAACAUAAGCUAGGACAUACCGGAGAAAAACCUUAUUCUUGUAAUAUUUGUAAUAAAACAUUCACAGAAAAAUGUCAUCUUGCUGUACAUGAACGAAGACAUACCGGCGAAAAACCCUAUUCAUGUGAAAUUUGUUAUAAAACAUUCGUUGCUGUUGGUAAUCUAAAUAUACAUAAAAUAAUUCAUACAGGAAAAAAGCCGCAUGCAUGUGAUGUUUGUGAUAAAAAAUUCAAAUUCAGGUACAAUUUAAGUAGUCACAAACUGACUCAUACCGGAGAAACACCUUACUCAUGUGAUGUUUGUAAUAAAUCAUACAGAUAUAGUGGUGAUUUAGUUAAACAUAAACGAACACAUACUCAAGAAAAACCUUUUAAAUGUGAAAUUUGUGAUCAAAAAUUUACUUCGAAUUUACUUUUAUUGAGACACAAACGAAUUCAUACAGCAGAAGAAUAUUUUGAUUGUGAUGUUUGUGGUAAAAUAUUCUACCGUAAAAAUCAUUUAGAUACUCAUAAAAGAACUCAUACGGGAGAAAGACCUCACUCAUGUAAUGUUUGUAAUAAAACAUUUACUCAGCACAGCAGCCUAAAUGCACACAAACGAACUCAUACAGGAGAGAAGCCAUAUACAUGUGAUGUUUGUGAUAAAGCAUUCAGUCUGAAGCAUGUUUUAACUAGGCAUAAACGAACACAUUCAGGAGACAAGCCAUAUUGUUGUUAUGUUUGUCAUAGAACAUUUAGCAUGAAAAUAAACUUUGUAAAACAUAGAAGAAUUCAUAGUGAUCAAACUCCAUAUGCGUGUGAAGAUUGCGACAGAAUAUUUACAAAUAAAAACGAAUUGAAUGAUCAUAAACAUCUAAAUGUUAUUAUUUUAAUUAACAAAUAAA